AUGGUGUCAGUUGCCAACAACGCGGACGGCCUGCCCUUUGUUGGCUCCGCCCUCAGCACCGCCGAGCGUGCUGCGUUGCAGUCGUCACUCCCGAUGCUCGCUGCGAAGCACAACAUGUCCGUGCACUUCUGGGGCAAAGUUUUCGGGUACAAGAGCGACUACCUCGUUGCACAGGCGAUGCCGGACGGCCCGUUUGGCAAGCGGUUCUCCUUCUUCAGCACUGAUGGUGGCACGUCGUGGAAGGUGCUGGAGGGACUCACAGAGGACCAGGUGGCAUUCUGCGACCAGCUGCGCGGUGUCUACAUGGGCGACCCCGCGUUCCUCUACAAAGUGCGGCGCGACGUCCCGCCGGAGCCGGAGCCGGAGGUGGCGCCGCCGAGCGCUGACACGUUGCUGUCGAGCGCGCGGGAGAAGUACGGCGGCCCCGAGGAGGAGCAGCAGGAAGAGGAGGUGGAAGAGGAGGAGGAAGAGGAGGAGCAGCAGCGUGAGGAGGAGGAGGAGGAGGAGGACGAGGAGGAGCAGCAGGAGGAGGCGCCGCCGCGAAAGAAGCGGCCGAAGUUCAUGAUCGUCGCGGUGCCGGAGACCGUGCGGCUGGCGCACUUCAUUCAGCUGCACGACGCGGCGUGCACGUUGAUUGUGCGCGGGCAGUACGUCUUCACACCGAACGGCGGCGUCGCGAAGAACACCUUGUUUGCCGGCCAGCCGGUGCGCCACGCGAUGAAACCGUCGUGCUACCUGCGCGCGUUCCACGCCGGCGACGCGCAGCGCAACCGCGUGCUGUACGGGCCGACGUACAGUGGCGUGACGGAUGUGCUGUCGCCCAUCACCGACGACGAGCCGCAGGGUGUGUGGGUGGUGAAGUAUGACCCAACCGCCAGCGUCGUAACGGUGCAGAACCUCCUCUACAAGGGCUCGCUCUUCUGGUACAGCCCGGGCACCAGUGACUGCGGCCAGGUGUACUGCGGCAACGGCGAGCGCGACUUUGAAAUAUNCUCGCUCUUCUGGUACAGCCCGGGCACCAGUGACUGCGGCCAGGUGUACUGCGGCAACGGCGAGCGCGACUUUGAAAUAUGCUUCCUCCUAUAG